CGAGCCGGGGUGUUUUUUUUCGCGCCAUGGAGGAUCGGCUCUCCUAUGAAAAGACCUUCCUCCAGAUCGAGGAAGCUCAAGCUGGUUUGCCCACCUUGCGCCCUAGGAGUGUUCCUCCAAGGGGCAGAGAAGAUCUGGAGGUCUAAUUGCGUGCAAAGGUCUACUUGCAGUAACGCUGGAGUUCCACAAGCUGAUAUAGCUCUUGCGAGCAUGGAUCUAAGUGAAGCAGCGGAAUUGGAAGAAUUACCAAGUGCACAAGAUCCUCAAGCAAACUCAGCUACGAGCCCAAAGCCUUAAUCACCAGGAUGCAGCAUGUUUUGCAGCACGUUCUGAUGCUCGACCAGGAGCUCCGUCUCCAGGGAGUUAUGGCCAUCCAGACGUGUGCCGAAGGCCAUGUAUCCUCUUCGUGCGGAACACCUGUCAGAGAGGCUCGACCUGUGGCUUUUGUCACUUGCCACAUGAAACACGCCUUCCCAGCUUCAACCUCCAGCAGAGACACUUUCUCCAGAAGCUCUCCGACUCCAAUUUUCUCCAGAUGAUUCUUCCUCAUAUCCAGCAGCGUGUGGACGAGAGUGAGUUUCAUGGUGCGCGUGAGCUGCUGGAACUGCUGAAGCGUGAGCUUACCAUCCGCUCUCCGCUUGAAGAUGGCGAGGAUGGCGAGGGGCAUCCGGAUGUACAGCGAACCCCACGGAACAUUCGCUACGUCCUGGAACGCAUGAGCUUGGGAAGCCUUAUUGUCUUGGUUUGCGCGAAGGAGAUGAGGGGCCAUCUGGUGAUGGUGGCUGCAGAGGCCUUGCAGAGCUUGCGUGCUGAAGUGAAGUUUUUGGAGAGAGCAGAGGUGUGCAAGACCUAGAAAAUACAUGUCUAUCAACCAA